AUCCUUCUCUGUUGCUCACAGUACCCAAUCGAGGUGCAAAGCUACAUAUCUGGGUCUAAAAGAGACGGAGAACUGAAAUGUCCUAUAAAGGUAUUGAAAUGCUACAAAGUGCGAUAAAAAUAAGAAAUUGAAGCAAAAUUUAUUGUGGGUAUAUCUUUAUUCUCAUUUUCCGAUUCUUUGCUUUCUGGGUUUCAUGAUGUUCAUUGCAUGAGAUCUAAAUUUGGUCUUUUAUUAUAGUGGGCCUCAAGGUUUAAGCAGAAUUUUCAUAUUUACAAAUUUUGGAUUGCCAAUUUGCUAUUGGAGAUUCUGUAGUUUCUUUGAUUAAAUUGUGAAUGUGGGGGAGGAGAACCACCCCUGCUUGUAAGAACCAAUAAUCUUCAAUUUAUGUACAGCAUGACGCUGGUCUGGCAGUCGGUACUUGCUGUUUUAGUUCCCAGUAUUGCUGCCAUUCUGGUCCUGAUUAUGAAUAAUCAUGAAUUUUCUUUUAGCCACCCUCUUAUAAUCUUCUCAGUGUUCAAUACCAUUAUUGUUGCUUCAAUAGUCGGAAGUCGUAAGUCGCCUGUGCAUGUAACCGCGGGAGACUUGCCAUUUUUUUCCUACUGGUUUGAAGUUGAAGGUGCUUAUGAAUCAAUCAUUAAGGUAAACCACAAGGAAGAAGAAAAAGAAGUUUUAUACUGCAUGACGCUGGUCUGGCGGUCGGUACUUGCCGUUUUAGUUGUUAGUAUUGCUGCCAUUCUGGUCCUGAUUCUGAAUAAUCAUGGAUUCUCUUUCAACCACCCUCUUAUAAUCUUCUCAGUGUUCAACACCAUUAUUGUUGCUUCAAUAGUCGGAAGCCAUAAGUCGCCUGUGCAUGAAACUGAGAGAGAUAUG